AUGUCGCAGUUUCGGGACACGUUCACGAAAGACGAGCAGCGAGAGAAUCUGCUAGACUAUGACGACAAUGCUUUUAUGUUCUUCUUAUGCAGCGUCACUGUCUGCAUAUUAAUUCCUUGGAGUUUCUUUUUCUUCCGAAAAUGCCUCGCCGUGUCCAACGCCUACCGGCAGAAGUACCCCGAAACCUCUGCCGUGGGCUCGAAAUUCAAAUACUGCCAGUGCCGUGCAUGCGUCGCGCAACGGGCUGAACUUCACAAGAAACUUUCUCUAUUUCGUACCCGCUUUCUCACCAAGGGGCGGCUCAUUGAAUUCGGUGCUCUCAUGAUAUGCUGGCUGGGCUUCGUCUUGAUCUGCCGCAACCUGCAGGACGUUCAGAGUAUAAAGACCUUCGACCCCUUCGAAAUCCUCGACGUCAGCCCGUCAGCAACGCAGCGGGAAAUCAAAAAGGCAUACCGUCUCAUGUCUCUCAAAUACCACCCAGACAAAAACGUCAAUGACCCCACUCAGGGCGCCAGAUUCAUCAUGAUCGCCAAGGCCUACCAGGCACUAACGGACGAAGUGGCCAAAAAGAACUACGAAAAAUACGGAAACCCCGACGGUCCCGGCGGCAUGAAGAUCGGUGUCGGGCUUCCAAGAUUUUUAGUUGAAGAAACCAAUCAAAUUUUCGUCCUCUCGUUCUUCUUUCUAUUCCUUCUUGUCGUAUUGCCCAUGAUUUUCCUCUGCUACUAUCAGCGGCAGAAGAAAUAUGCUCCUAACGGAGUCAUGGUUGAUACGGUGCAAUUCCUCACGCAUGUGAUGACGGAAGGCACACGUAUUAGGAACUUGCCGGAGCUGCUUGCUGCUAGCGGAGAGAGUCGCGCAAUGAAGAUCGAACGCGACGAUGACAAGGACAUGCAACAGAUAUGUGAUGCUGUUGUAGAGACGAAAAAACGCAUAUUCACAAUGCCUGUGAUCGUCAGGGACUCGCUGCCGAUAACGCAGUGCAUGAUGGAGAUUUCCGUUCUCAGCGAUUGGUUCAUGACUGCUGACUCCGUCUUGGAGUUCCGGCGUAGCCUGGUUCAAGCCAUCAAUGGGAGGACGGAAUCACUGUUACAAAUUCCUCACUUUGAUGAGGACGUUGUUCGCCACUGUCAUCGGGGAAAGCAUGUUAUUCGCGAGCUGGGCGACUUCUUACGUCAAGAGGGGGAGGAACGGCGAGGCACCGUAGAUAUGUCAAAGGAACAACUAGCUGACAUUCAGGCCUUUUGUGACCAUGUUCCCAAUAUUGAACUCCGAGUGGACGUAAUUGUGGACGACGAGGCAGAAAUCGUCGUCGGUGAUGUAGCGACGUGCCGCAUUACGCUGAUACGGAAAAAUUUGAAGGAAGGCGAAGCUGCUGGAGCGGUGCAUGCACCGUACUUCCAAGAACCAAAAUACGAAGAGUGGUGGUUAUUCCUAAAGGAAAAGGGCGACGGUGCUGGUGGAGGGCGUCUAAUUAGUUUUGUAAAAUCUAGAAACUUGGAGAGGGUAGUCAGAGAAAGUCUACAGUUUAGAGUUGGAAGGCCUGGCAAGAACGUGGUGACAGUUGUCGCUUGUUGCGAUUCCUAUGCGGGAGUCGACGUCACAAUUGAUGCGGAAUUUAGAGUAUACACGCCCGAGGAAAAGCCUCGCGAAGUUUUCGUGCAUCCGGAAGAUGUCAAGCUGGAUGAGGAGCCGACUCUCUUCCAACAGAUGCUCGGUGAUGUGUGCGUCAACUCCAGUGACGAAGAAGAAGAGUUUGACCUAGACGAAGCUCCAAAAGUUGUAAGGAAAAAGGCAUCUAUCGAUACGGACGGAACAGCUGCUACAAAGCAGGAGGAUGCAAAGGAGGCCGAGACAUCCGCUGAAGCGCCAGCCUCAGCGACAGAGCCAAAGAAGAAUGAUGGCGUUACCGCCACCGCAAAUUCGCAAGUUUCUUCGGCUUAA